AUGGAAAAUAGGAAUAACAUCAUAGAAUUUACUCUUUUAGGACUUUCUCAGAAAAAAGAAAUAGAAGUCUUCUGCUUUUUACUGUUCUUGUUUUGUUACAUUGCCAUCUUGAUUGGCAACCUUCUUGUCGUGAUUUCUCUCACCUGCAGUCAACUUAUUGACCACCCUGUGUAUUUCUUCCGGAGUUUCCUAUCCCUGGCAGACCUUUUCUACACCUCCACUGUGACCCCCACGUUCAUCAUUGACUUGCUGACAGAAAAGAAGGUCAUUUCCUACAGUGGCUGUACGACACAGCUCUUCACCGUGCACUUCUUUGGGGAAAUCGAGGUCUUUGUCCUCACCGGGAUGGCCUAUGACCGACACGUGGCCAUCUGCAGGCCCCUGCACUGUGCAGUCAUCAUGAGGAAGUGCAAUGCCAUGCUCGCGGCUUCUUGUGCGGGUGGGUUCCUACAUUCCUUUGGUCAGUUUCUCCUCGCCAUCGUCUUACCCUACUGUGACCCCAGUGAAAUAGAUCACGUCUUCUGCGAUGUGUAUCCUUUGCUGAAGAUGGCCUGCGUGGACACGAGCAGAAUAGGUCUCCUGGCGGUUGCCAACUCAGGACUGAUGGGUCUGGUGACUUUCGUGGUCUCGCUGGUAUCCUAUGCUAUGAUCCUAUAUAUUGUCAGGUCCUACUCCACGGAGAAUCGCCACAAAGCCCUUUCCACAUGCAGUUCCCACAUCGUCGUGGUGGUUCUCUUUUUUGCUCCUUUAGUCUUUAUUUACAUUCGACCAGCAACGACCUUACCAGAGGACAAAGUGUUUGCUCUUUUCUAUACUGUCAUUGCCCCCGUGCUCAACCCUCUCAUAGACGCACUAAGAAACAUGGGGAUGAAGAACGCCUUAAAGAAACUCUGGGGCUAUGUCAUGGGAAGUGAGGACAGAAGCUGA